UGCGCAUGCUCAGUAGUUGUCAUCAGCGCUAACUCGCUGCGUGUAGUACGCAGAGUAUUACUAUCAGCAUGAAUAGAUAGCGCAGAGUUGAGUAUUAUUGACUCUCAGUGAUUGAGAAACCAUGACCCCACGUCUUUACUCUUUGGAUCUGCUACAUGUCAGUGACUGUUCGCUCGCAUAACGCUAGCUGAAGUUUGUAUCACAUUGUCUGCUGUUUACCGGCUUUUACACUCAAGUGCCUGAAGAAAUGCAGAGAAUAAGUUCCUUUAAAACUGCAUGGCAGCUGCUGAAGUCAAGCUGUGGGGGGGCAGCUAAACAAGUCAACAUCUCGCAGGCAAUCGCACGAAGUUUUAGCCAUCGUCCUCCUGAGGGGCCCAACUCCUUCGGGCUCCUCUUUGACAUCGAUGGGGUUCUGGUGCGAGGCAGGACACUAAUCCCUGAAGCCAAGCAGUGCUUCAGGAACCUGGUGGACCGGAGCGGAAAAUACAAGGUGCCGGUGGUGUUUGUCACUAAUGCUGGAAAUUGCAUGAGACAGACCAAAGCUGAGCAUCUGUCACACCUGCUAGAUGUGGAGGUGUCUCCAGACCAGGUCAUGCUGUCCCACAGCCCUUUGCGAAUGUUUACCCAGUUUCACAAAAUGCGUGUGCUGGUAUCCGGACAGGGUCCUGUAGAGGAGGUCGCCCACAACCUGGGCUUUCAGGAUGUUGUCACAAUAGACAUGCUCAGAGAAGCAUAUCCUCUUCUAGAUGUCGUAGAUCACAGCAGACGGCCCAAAGACAGCAUUCCUCCUACCAAAGGCUUACAGCCAAUCGACGCUGUCAUUUUGUUUGGUGAGCCGAUCAGAUGGGAGACAAACCUCCAGCUGAUCAUUGACGUGCUUCUAACUAACGGGAACCCAGACAAUAACUGGAAUUCAGGGCAGUACCCUCACAUCCCCGUCCUGGCCUGUAACAUGGACCUGCUGUGGAUGGCCGAGGCCAAGAAUCCCAGGUUUGGUCACGGUAUGUUCCUGGUGUGCUUAGAGAGUCUGUACAAGAAAGUGACAGGCUACGAUCUGAAGUAUGAGGCCCUGAUUGGUAAACCCAGCGUGGUGACUUAUAACUAUGCUGAGCUGCUGAUCAGACAGCAGGCUGAGGGCCUCGGCUGGACUGCCCCUGUGAAGAGGCUGUACGCUAUAGGCGAUAACCCCAUGGCUGACAUUUAUGGUGCCAACCUCUACAACCACUACCUCCAGGCUUCUCGGCGCACGAAGGCGCAGAUGCAGGCUAAAGCUGGAGGAGUGGAAACUGUUGAUGACGCCCCUAAAAUGACAUCCGCAGAGUUAGGUGGAGCAUCAGGUGCAUACGGGGCCGAAGAGGACCUCCCUGAAGGAUGCAGCUCCAUCCUGGUUUGCACAGGAGUGUACAGCAGAGACCAGCAGGAGCUCCCCUCCGAUCCAGAUCACACCGUCACAGAGCAGCACAUCUUCCACGGCCACAGGGACUUCCGCUUUGACCCCACCCUCACGCAGCCAUCCUUCGUGGUCCAGGAUGUGAAGGAGGCGGUGGAGCUGGUGUUUGAGCAGGAGGGCUGGCCUCUUGAGUAGGACUAAGAUCAGGUCUGGAUUCAUCUUUCAGCCAUUCAGUAAUAGCUAACAUCCUUUAACUGGUAGCAGCAGUGUGUGUUUUUCCCCCUGAAUUAUCGUAUGGGAGAUGUAGCUGUUACUGAUGCUAAUCCUGAAAGAUAUUGUGAAGUGCAAUGGAAGCAACAAGCAGCAAAUUGCAGCUUUAUCACUAAACAUAGAAAAGUAACACACAUUUUAACUUGGGCAUAUAUGUUACUGUGUCAAGGAUUAAUGCAAUUUUGUUUUGUCCUCUCUCGCCCUUGACUUUUUUAACGCACACUUGGGUACACAUGUCUAUGUGUUGAGUUACAUUCAUUUCUACUGCACUCAGAGUUUUAUACUGUAUCUGUUAGUUUGUUGAUAAGAGUCUAAGUAUAGUUCCACCUAAAGCAUGCUGACAUUCAGAUGUACAGUAUCACAUACUUUAGACCUCCCAGCAGCUCUCUUCUAGACCGGCUCUCCUCUUUGUUCUGACCGCUCUCAUAUUUCAGCUUCUUUGUGUUAAGUUAAGGAGAAUGCCUAACAACUGGCAUUAUUAAGUUACUUGGUUUCAGUUAAGUACCUCAUCAGUUUGUUUGUAUUUUUUUUUUGGCCUUAAUCAAGUUUAGAGUCAUUUUAAAUGUUAUUUUGUGAACUUCUUUAAAUUGUACAAGUAUGAGGGAUUAAAAGGGUACCAUUUUACUGUCUUGAAGUUUUCGCUAUAAAAUCUUUACAAGGGUUAGCUUGAAUGUCUUUUUGUAUCUGGGGGAUAGACAAUGUGAUAACAGUUGCAGCCAAAGUGUACAUUUCAGAUAGUGUUUGUCAAAAUGCAGGUUCAAACUGUGGAACUCUUCUGAUGCAUUGUAAAAGCCAUACUGUAUAAAAGAUCAUUAAAAAGGA